GAAUCAAUUCUAUUAUGUUAUGUAAACAGUAUAUUCUUAAUCAUGUAGAUUGUAUGAUUGUAAUGUGUAAAGAUGAAAGAUAGAAAAAAUGUCGGAGUCGGAUGAUUAAUGAAUAUAUUACAGAGAAGAUGACGGUAGAGAAGGAUAAAUCUGAUGGUAUCACUGUGGGACAGCCUCAUCUCGCUAAACAGGAUUUGGCAACAUUAGAUAUUGGCAAGCUGACCCCUCUCUCCCCUGAGGUUAUCAGUCGUCAGGCGACCAUAAACAUUGGAACUAUCGGUCAUGUGGCUCACGGGAAGAGUACGGUCGUUAAAGCUUUAUCAGGAGUUCACACAGUCAGGUUAAAGAAUGAAUUGGAGCGUAAUAUUACUAUAAAGCUUGGAUAUGCUAACGCUAAGAUCUACAAGUCUGAUGACCCUAAGUGUCAGAGACCUGUAUGUUUCACCUCAGCAUCAAGUACAAAGGAGGACAACUUCCUGAUGAACGGACACAAAUACAGCCUUGUCCGACACGUCAGCUUCGUCGAUUGUCCCGGUCACGACAUUCUCAUGGCCACCAUGUUGAACGGAGCAGCUGUCAUGGACGCUGCUCUGCUGCUGAUUGCAGGGAACGAAAGCUGUCCCCAACCACAAACUUCGGAGCAUCUGGCGGCCAUUGAAAUUAUGAAACUAAAACAUAUUCUCAUUCUUCAGAACAAAAUAGAUUUGAUAAAAGAAGCUCAGGCUUUGGAGCAACAUGAUCAAAUCCUGAAGUUUAUCGAAGGUACUGUAGCUGAGGGAGCACCCAUCAUCCCCAUCUCCGCCCAGCUCAAGUACAACAUCGAGGUGGUGUGUGAAUACAUCACCAAGAAUAUCCCUGUACCCAUUAGAGAUUUUACCAGCGAGCCGAGGCUCAUCAUUAUCAGGAGCUUCGACGUGAACAAGCCUGGUAGUGAGGUGGAGGAGCUGAGAGGAGGAGUGGCCGGAGGUUCUAUUCUCCGGGGAGUUCUCAAGGUGGGACAGGAGAUAGAGAUUAGACCAGGUUUGGUGAGCAAGGAUAGCGAGGGUAAGCUGACCUGCCAACCAAUCUUCUCAAGGAUUGUUUCAUUGUUCGCGGAGCAGAACGAUCUCAUGUUUGCUGUUCCUGGAGGACUUAUCGGAGUUGGAACUAAGGUUGAUCCAACCCUCUGCAGAGCUGAUAGGAUGGUAGGUCAGGUGCUAGGAGCUGUUAAACACCUGCCCAGUAUAUACACGGAGCUAGAGGUUUCCUAUUACCUACUCAGAAGACUACUCGGAGUCAGAACGGAAGGAGAUAAGAAGGGAGCUAAGGUGGCAAAGCUGACCAAGAACGAGGUUCUCAUGGUCAACAUCGGUUCCCUGUCCACCGGCGGCCGGGUUAUCGCCGUCAAGGCUGAUCUGGCAAAGAUUGGGCUUACCACCCCAGUAUGCACAGAAGUAGGAGAGAAGAUCGCACUUUCUAGAAGGAUUGACAAGCAUUGGAGAUUGAUUGGCUGGGGACAAAUUAGACGGGGAAUCACCGUUAAACCAACGGAAAGAACCUAAACAAACAAUCCUAACAACGUUACUUGGAAUUUGGACACUUUCCGUGAUACUAAUGAGAAAAGAUGGUGGAGUGAGGGUUGAGAAAUGUAUUUAAUAAAUGUAAGAACCGAUUAUUAAAUAUACUAUGCUUGAAUAUA